AUGUCCUCCACGGUCGAUUCCGAUACGAAAGUGCUGCAUCAAAUACACGACAAUCCCCAUGACGGCCCUGACAGAGACACAGAAAGCCCUGUCAGCGACGCGGUAGACGUCAGCUUCCAGCAUGGUGUACAAAACAUUGAGGCCGUUACCCUCUCGUGGUCCAGAACUGCGCUGAUGGUUGCUUUCGUCCUCAUCUGGCUCGUCUACUUCGUCCAAGGUCUCGUCUCUGGAAUUAGCAGCGCAUUGAUCCCAUAUGUAACAUCCGCUUUCGCGAUGCACUCUCUCACGCCAACUACCAGCGUGAUGAGCUCUGUCAUUGGAGGCGUCACCAACCUGAGCAUUGCAAAGACUCUGGACAUCUUUGGUCGCCCUCAGGGAUUCCUGUUCUGCGCUACUCUUGCAACUCUCGGUCUUAUCAUGUCGGCCGCCUGCAAUAAUGUUGAAGCCUACGCUGCGUCGCAAGUCUUUUACACCGUCGGCAUCAAUGGAGUUGGCUACAGUCUUAGCGUGUUUGUCGCUGAUACGACAUCUCUUCGACAUCGAGGUCUCAUUCAGUCUCUUUGUGCCUCUCCGAAUAUCAUUACAGCCUGGCUAGGUGGACCAAUCUCAACUGCAUUCUUGAACGGAGCCGGUUGGCGAUGGGCUUUUGGCAUGGAGAGUAUCCUUGUUCCAGCUGUAACCGUCCCUUUGUUUGGCCUCUUUAUGCAUCACUAUCUGAGGGCCAAGAAGCAAGGCGUCAUUCCCAAGCGAGAGUCCCAAGGCUUUGCCUACUACAUUCGCGAGUUUGAUGUCGUUGGUCUUCUCAGUCUCUCUGCAGGAGUCGCCCUUUUCCUCCUCCCGUUCAAUCUCUACGCCUUGCAAGCCAAGGGCUUCGGCUCCACCAUGAUCAUUUGCUUCUUUGUUUUUGGCAUCCUACUCCUAAUCUUCUUCGGUAUCUGGGAAAGGUUCUUCGCCAAAGUCUCUUUUAUCCCUUGGAGGUUUCUUCAAGAUCGUACAGUUGCAGGUGCUUGUCUCCUCUCUUUCACCCUCUUCUUCAGUUACAUGUGCUGGGGCAUGUACUUCAGCUCUAUUCUUCAGGUCGUCAAUAACCUCAGCAUCACACAUGCCAGUUACAUCGUGUCGACAUACACCGUUGGUGGCUUCGUAUUUGCCAUCUUUGUCGGAAUGGUGAUGUCUUACACUGGAAACUACAAGUCUGUUACACUUUUUGUGGCACUUCCUCUAUCUAUCCUCGGAUCUGGACUCAUGAUCUAUUUCCGUCAGCCUGACCAGAGUAUUGGGUAUAUCGCCAUGUCUCAAGUCUUCAUUGCCUUCGGAAGUGGCGCCAUCAUGAUUACUGCCGAGAUCGCCAUUCUUGCCGCUGUUCAAGAACAGCAAUAUUUUGCCGUGUCUAUCGCGCUGGUCUCCAUGUGUGCCAGCAUAGGAUCGGCAGUUGGUUUGACUGUGUCAUCUGCUAUCUGGCAAGACGUUCUCCCUAAGAAGCUUGCCGAGUAUCUGCCCGAGGAGGAUCUCCCCAAUCUGCCCAUGAUUGCGAUGGACCUUGUCACGCAACUGUCGUUCCCUGUUGGAUCACCUACCCGACUAGCUAUUCAACAUGCAUAUGGAGACGCACACAAGUACUUGUUUAUCGCCGGUACCGCAGUCUGGGCUCUUGGCAUUGUUGGAGUGGUUAUGUGGAAGAACAUUAACGUCAUCAACAUCAAACAGACCAAGGGACGGGUCGUCUAAGGUUGUCACUGAAGGGUUGGCAGGAGUCGCACCAAGUUCAACUUGUUUU